AUGUCUGUAGACAAGAUAAAGAGCAAUUUGGGAGUCUUUGGGUCGUCUGUUAAAGACACCCUUACGCAUCAUAAACAGUUUAAUAAUGAUGACGAAUUGAUUAAACAUUAUAAGCACGAUAUCAAGAAGGCCGUUUCUGCAUUGAAGUUUCUUAAUAAACAGACAACAAAACUUGGUUCGAGUCACUGGUCUCGUUUGCUCAAUUCGAAUAUUAAGGUGGGAGAAUUGUUUAUUAAUCUAAUAGGGUCGAACUCAUUGCAAUUCGACGGAAUAGAAGACUACUAUAGUGAUUUUGACAAAUGGCAGGCGGAGCAGGAAAUACCUACGAUACAUCCGAAAGAAAGGCAACUUGUUAUACUGAGUGUGAAUCAUGAGAUGAAGCAUUAUAUGGUAUCCAUGGAAAAGUUGAGAAUUAGGGUGAUAGGCGAGUGGGAAUUGCAUGCCAAAUCAGUGGAUAUACGGGUCAAGGAAAUGGUGGGAUAUUUAAACAGCUUAUUGAAAUUGAUUAAAAAAAGAGACUCUAAAAAAUCUAAUUAUGACAAUAUUCAUAAAAAAAUCAACAAGAUAAUGAAGAAGACCACGCCGUUGGAUGCAAAAGAACAAAAGCAGUUGAACAAGCUUGAUGAAGAAUUGAAUAAGGCCAGUUUUGUAUUCAAUAAGUUAGAUGAGAAGUUAAAGUCUAUUUUGCCUCAUGCGUUAACUUUCUUGGAUGAAUUUGUAGAGAACCUAACGAAAUUGACGUUGUGCAAGCAAUUGGAAGAAUAUGAAGAUAUAAAACAUACACUAAUGCAUUACUCAAAGUUUCACGGGUUUUUGGAUACUGAAUCCGAAGAUAAUAUUCAAACAUAUGAGGCGAUAAGUAAUCAAUGGGAAAGUAUGGUUACACCAACGAGAUUGAGAAUCGAAUCUUUUGUUUCAUUUAUCCAAGAGAAAAAGCCCGAAUUGAUUGAUACUGAAAUUGACGAUAAUGAUAAAACCUCUAAAACGCAUAAAAUGUGGAAUAAGGUUUCUUCGAAAGUAAUUAAUAAAACACAUAAAGUAAGCAGUACGGAUCAUGUUAAUGGAAUAUUUAAUGGUUAUUUGACUUCUGAUCCUUUGGAUUCGUUUGAGAAAUUCCAAGAUCCAAUGAUGAAUAGAUCUGAGACUUAUCACCCAUCGAAGGUCAUUGAUAUUAAUGAUGUUAUAGUACCAAAUAGUAAUAAAGGUAAUGCACCGCCACCAUUACCACCUAGGUCCAAUACAACUACCCUAAAGGAUAGUCUAAAUGUUACUGAUACCCCAAGAAAACAUUAUUUGAAUCGUGUUCCUUCGAAUGAUUCAAUGGAAUCAAUACAUUCAUCAUCAUCAGAGUCUGAUAGUGAUGAAAUGACUUCAGUUUCAUCUGUGCCGAGUGAUGUAGUGCUUGCAAAUUCAUCCCCAGAAAUGGUCAACAGAGAUUUAAAGAAAGUUUAUAAUUCGUCGAAGAAUAAGAUCAAAGAAUGCCCUAUCACAACGGUACUUCAUGAUUAUAGACUAGGGCAUGAAGAUUCUAUGUUUUCAGCGAAGACUUCAUCUGUUACUUACAAAUUGGAACAAUUAAAUAAAUUCUUCGACAAGAUCUUGAAUUAUACAAAUUCUAUACAAGUGCAAAGGCAAAUAUUACAAGCAAAGUAUGAUUUUGACGGCGUUGAAGCAGGUGACUUAUCGUUUAAAGAGGGCGAUCAAGUUGAAAUUUUAUUUGAUUUUCAAGCUGUUAAUUCAUUAUAUAGUAGCAAUAAUGAUAACUGGUUGGUGGGGAUGAUUAAGACGUCAACGAACUGCAGAAUCGGGUUUGUUCCAAAUAAUUACUUUUAG